AUGGAGAACAUCCAAGUUGUGGUUCGAAUCAGACCUUCGAAUGGGGCUGAAAGAGACAACAAUGAUUUGGAAAUCUGGUCAGUUCAAAAUCAAGACACCAUAACCAUUUCAAAUGAUAGAUUCAAUGAUUUAGUAAGGAUGAGGAAGUUCGUCCCAGGCCAGAGAGUUGAAUUUACUUUUAACUAAUGUUUCGAUUCCAAACACACCACCAAAUUUAUAUACUCAUAAUAAAUUUAGAGGAUCACAUUAUCUUCCUUGCAAGGCAUAAAUGGAACAGUCUUCAUGUACGGUCAGACAGGGAGUGGUAAGACAUAUACUAUGAUGGGCUAUGAUUAAGAAGAGGGAAUUCUUAAAUAAGGAUUGAAAGAUUUAUUCGGAGAAAUAGCAAAGCAAUCGGAUAGACAAUAUUUCUUAAGAUGCAGUUAUGUUGAAAUAUAUACUGACUAAGUAUACGAUUUAUUGGCUACUCAAGAAAGAUUGAGUGACACUCUAUUAAUAAAUGAGGAUUUCAAUAAGGAAUUUGUUAUUAAAGGAGCAGUUGAAGAGGUAGUAACUAAUAUUAACGAAAUCAUGGAUAUUCUUCAAUUUGGAGAAAGCAAUCGACAUUAUGCCUCAACAGUCAUGAACCAUUGCAGCAGUCGAUCUCACACUAUCUUUAGAUUGUAUGUGAGAUGUGUUCCCAAUUACAUCGGACCUAAUUCAGUAAUUACAGAGUCGAUACUGAAUUUUGUGGAUUUGGCAGGAUCAGAGAAGAUCAACAUUCAUGAUUCAAUGCUUAAGAAGAGAGGCACAUCAGCUGGUGGAAAUGGAGGAUCUCAAUACAAGGAUAGAUAAAAUGAAUCAAAACAUAUUAAUAAGAGUCUGUUCUUUUUAACUUAAGUCAUUUCAUUGAGAGCCUAAGAUAAAAACGAUUAACAUAUACCAUACAGGAAUUCUCCAUUGACUAAAAUAUUGCGAUCCUCUUUGGGUGGUAAUUCCAGGACUGCAAUAAUUCUAUGUGUUAAUCCAUGUUAUAGUUAAUUUGAAUAAACAUUAUCUACUUUGAGAUUCGGUACUAAUGCAAAGAAGAUAGAAAAUAAUGUUUCUAAAAAUAUAGUUGGAUUUGAUAAUGAUGAGAGUCUCAAUAGAGUAAUUAAGGAUUAUGAGGAUAAGAUUAAUGAACUAUAAAAAGCCAGAGUGGAUGAUAAGUAAUAACAAGAGAUGAUGUUGAAGAUCAUUGAAAAACUGGAAGAAUAAAGGAAAAUAUUUAGAUAAUAGUUUACAACUUCUGACCACAUUCAAGCUAUGAUUAAUAAAGAACUCAAUUAUUAAUGGACUCAUUUGCAUUAUCACGGAGUUGGUGUUCUAUGGGUGCCUGAAAAAGGAAUCAAAGAAAUGGAAGUUAAAUAAGAUGUAAUUGAUUCUUUUGGAACUAUUAAAAAAUAUCAAGAAUUAUAGGAAGAAUUCAUAAUUUAAAAAUCAGAAAAAUAGACUUUGGAAAAUCAAGUCAUGGAUUUAAAGUAGAAGUAAUAAGAAACGGUAGUGCAAACAAAAAAGAGAUAUGCGAAUCAAAAGGCGAAAACAAGAAAGUAUAAAUAAUUAAGCAAAGAUUUACAGGAUGAGAAAAAUAAAUUAUAGAAAAUAGCACUUUGCUAUCAUAAUAUGAUAGAUAUGGAUGAGAUGAUGUUGUUGAAUAAUGACACUUUAGAUUAAAUGACUGAAAAUCUCUAAGUCAUGAUGUAGAAUAUUUAUAAAGUUAAAUUAAAAAAGGAAAUUAAAUUAAAAGGAGAGAAUACUGAAACACUAAAAUUAGUUACAUCUAAACCUAUUAAAUAUCCAAAGUAUUUAUUUGAUACAUCUGCCAUUAAUGUAUAAUUUUGGGAUGUCACAGAUAACAAGAAAAUUGAAGAAUAGAGUAAAAAUGAAAUAGAGUCAUUUUAAAGUUACUUUUAAUCUUAAAUCAAUAUGAGCAGUCCCUCAUAUAUAGAAUUACAGGGAGGUGGUGGUCAAUAAUUUAAGGAACCUUUGAAACAUAUCUGUUCUCAUGAAAAGAGCAGUAUGAGUAAGGUUGGCAAAGAGAAUUACGAACCAAUGCUAAAACGAAAUUCAAGUUUGGAAGUGUCUGAUGAAUUAAAUUUUCGUAGUUAUUUUAAAUGA